AUGGUUUCAGUGAAGUCAAACAGGCUUGCUGCUCAUUUACAAUUCGAGGCAAGUGUAAGGAAGUUUUUAUAUAAGUCGUUACUACAGCUGGCAGGCAGUGCGAAGGGUUCCAUUGAAGCCCAAGGCUUCUGUGACUACGGCGGGGGCGACCAACCUGCUUUAUGGGGAAUCCGUCAUGAUCCACGAGAUCGCUUUAUUAAGCGCUCUUGUGGAGGUGAGAUCCUUCGUUUGAGUCCCGAGAAGGGGUGCCAUACUCACACAACUACGGCGGGGGCGACCAACCCGCUUUAUGGUGACUUCCGUUGUGACCUGUCUGCCAGCUAUUGA